AUGAGUUCGAAAUUGGCUAAAUUGGGGCUUGUUGCCUUUCUUGCUUAUGGCAUAUUUGAUGGUGUGACCUAUACUAGUUUCUUUGUUCUUGCGAUUCUCGGGUAUGAGAAAUGUACCGGCAAGAAUCCUGCAGCCAAUCUUCAAGCUCUAUUAGGGGAAUGCUUGAUUAAGGAAUAUCACAAAGAAUUGGCCUUAUAUACAAUUUAUUGUUUUGAUGAAGUUAUGGAACUGGUUUUUCUUUUUGCUUCGAGAUUGGGAUUAGGGUUUAAUUCUAAAAUUUAUCUCCUAAUGAUCAAAACAUAA